ACUAUCCGCGAUUUCCUCUUCGUCUUCGUUUUCUCUUUAUUUCACUGCGCUUAUUUCCCGUAUGUUUUUUUAUUAAUUGUUGGCCGAAGACACGAUCAUGUUUUCAUUUCGAGGGUUUAUGCUACAGUUGAUGAUAAUAGCAGUAUGUCGAGCCGAGAUAACUUUUAAAUCUCCUUCCAUGGGAGAAGUUGUUGACCCAGGACCAUAUAAAAUUCGUGCGGGUGAUAGCGGGAUAGUGCCCACGCUGGGACAAUUUGAUGAUGCCAGUUGGGAGGUUGUUCUUUUCACUGGAAAUGAUACUGCUCCAUUUGAACUUUAUAUAUUCAAAUUAUCUGGGUACCAAAUGAGCAAUCCAACGACUCAGUCCCCUCCAGUGAAUAUCAGAAACAGCUCAGGUCCGAACCUGGAAGACAAAUACUUUUUCGGCUACCGCUCCUAUCUGACAUCAAAUGAAUCUAUAUGGAUCACAGCCUACUCGGACCGAUUUACUCUUACAAACAUGACCGGUUCCUUGCCUGAUGAUGUGGUUACCGCAAAUGACAAUGUGAACUCGACAACUGCUCCAAAACGAACAAUCUCUUGCGGCGCAAAGUCUGGAGGAGAGUGUGACGAGAAGGUCUUAGAAAACCUGGGACUGGGAUCAGUGACGACAAAUACUCCAAGUGUUAGUACAACGGCCGCAGCAACCACAAUAGGAACUGCUCCAGAGAACACAACUUCCGAUACCAACGAGGAUAGUAGUAAAAGAUUAAGCCGUGGAGCAUUUGCGGGAGUAGUCGUGGGUGUCGCGGUAGCAAUAUCGAUAAUGAUCGCGGCGGGGGUGUUCUUUAUAAUGAAAGCCAAGAAGAAGAACGUGCCGAAACGAGAAACGAUUAGAAUUAAUGAAAGUUUGCCGAAUCAGGAUUCGAACGCAUUUCAUAGAGGGGAUACUUACGGAGGAAUGAUGAAGAAGAAUGGGAUCGAAGAUGUGGGCAGACGAGAGGAGUUGGAAGAUCGUAGAACGUAUGAGAUGAGUGCGGGUCACCAUGGAGUAGCGGAGAUGCCGGUAAACUCGUGAGCUCUAUCAAGAUAACAAUAGACGUGGGAUGACUAGACUAGGUAUACUUCUAAUAGCCACUUGUUCCAUAUAUUCAACAUGUGUGUAGCGUUUUGACAGUCUCAAAAUACUGGCGAUAAAAACCUUGGGCUGGAUGUCAUUUGGGAUCUUAAAUCCGCUUUGACAAUUGCAGUACUCUCGAAGAACCACACUUCUUUGAAUAUCUAAAGGUUUACAUAUAAUUUGCUGUAAUCCGCA